CUUUAAGAGGGGGGUGACACAUGCUGCUACUUAGAGCCGGGGACGUGCUGCCAGGCCACAGUCACAUGCAGCCAGAAUGUCCAUCUUGAAGAUUCAUGCCCGUGAGAUCCUUGACUCCCGAGGAAACCCCACAGUGGAGGUGGACCUGUACACGGCUAAAGGAUUGUUCAGGGCAGCUGUGCCCAGCGGUGCCUCCACUGGCAUCCACGAGGCUCUGGAACUGAGGGACGGGGACAAGACACGCUACCUGGGCAAAGGUGUGAAGAAAGCUGUGGAGCAUGUCAACAAGGACAUCGCCCCAAAGCUGCUUGAGAAGCGACUGAAUGUUGUUGACCAGGAGAAGAUUGACAAGCUCAUGCUGGAACUGGAUGGUACAGAGAACAAGUCGAAGUUUGGUGCCAACGCCAUCCUGGGUGUGUCCCUGGCCGUGUGUAAAGCCGGAGCCGUGGAGAAGGGCGUCCCUCUCUACAGGCACAUCGCCAACCUGGCUGGACACAAAGACGUCAUCCUUCCUGUGCCUGCCUUCAAUGUGAUCAACGGGGGGUCCCAUGCAGGGAACAAGCUGGCCAUGCAGGAGUUCAUGAUCCUGCCCGUGGGCGCCAGCAGCUUCCACGAGGCCAUGCGCAUCGGCGCCGAGGUCUACCACAACCUCAAGGGCGUCAUCAAGGACAAGUACGGCAAGGACGCCACCAAUGUAGGCGAUGAGGGUGGCUUUGCACCCAACAUCCUGCAGAACAAUGAGGCUCUGGAGCUGCUGAAAGUGGCCAUCGCCAAGGCCGGCUAUUCAGACCAGGUCAUUAUCGGCAUGGAUGUCGCUGCCUCUGAGUUUUUCAAAGCGGGGAAGUACGACCUGGAUUUCAAGUCACCUGACGACCCCAAGCGCCACAUCACGGGCGAGCAGCUGGGCGAGCUUUACAAGAGCUUUGUCAAGAAGUACCCAGUGCAGUCUAUUGAGGACCCCUUCGAUCAGGACGACUGGGAGCAGUGGGCCAAGUUCACGGCCUCGGUGGACAUCCAGGUGGUGGGUGAUGACCUGACUGUGACUAACCCGAAGCGCAUCCAACAGGCAGUGGAGAGGAAGGCCUGCAACUGCCUGCUGCUCAAGGUCAACCAGAUCGGCUCCGUCACCGAGUCCAUCCGGGCGUGUCAGUUGGCUCAGUCCAGUGGCUGGGGGGUGAUGGUGAGCCACCGCUCUGGGGAAACGGAGGACACAUUCAUCGCCGACUUGGUUGUCGGCCUGUGCACUGGACAGAUUAAAACUGGGGCCCCCUGCAGAUCCGAGCGUCUCGCUAAGUACAAUCAGCUCCUCAGGAUUGAGGAAGAGCUUGGAGACAAAGCCAUGUUUGCUGGGAAGGACUUCCGUCACCCCCGAAUCAACUGAAUGACAUUGAUAUCCCCCUUGUGUCCCAUGUUCUCUGUUUAUGCAGAAUGUGUCAGUAAAGAAACUUCAUGUUUGUCA